AUGGGAGCCAAGGCGAGCACCGUGGCACAAUCCGCUGGUGGCAACGGUCAGUCGUCCACUGGGGCCAACGAGACCGCGAUGCAGGGCUUCUCCAUGCUCCGCUCCCUGCCCGGCGGCGUGGGCAUGCUGCACCAUCAGCACCAGCAGUCGCAGAAUCAGUCGCAGAACUCGCGCAUGUCCGGGGACAGCAGGCAGCGUGCACGCUCGCUCAGCUCCGUGCCGGAUCUCUCCUCCGCCGAGCAGGCCAGCCUCUCCACCUCGGUCGGGGUCGGGGUCGGCCAGGCCCUCGGCCUGCCGCAGCUCGACUCCGACGACACGGACGAGGAGAGCGGUCGCGUCUACGCCGCUCACAGCUUGCCUUCGCACAUUUGGUCCCUCAACGGUCUAAAGUGUCCCGUAUGCUCCAAGUUCAUUCUGCCGGACGAUAUCGAGUGUCACCUGGUCAUGUGCCUGACCAAGCCACGGCUCAGUUACAAUGAGGAUGUGCUUACGGAUGGAAAAGGCGAAUGUGUCAUUUGCUUGGAGGAAUUACAAUCUGGAGAUCUUAUAGCCCGCUUGCCCUGUCUCUGUAUAUAUCAUAAAAACUGUAUCGAUAAGUGGUUUCAAGUGAAUCGUAGCUGCCCUGAACAUCCUGGAGAUUGAUUCGUACCUGCUGAAGUUGAUGGAGUAUAGUGGAACAAGUUGCUAGCCCAGAGGACAUACACGUCGAUGGGAUUGAGGUGGCAGGAAAUGGCAGAAAAUUUAAAAAAAGCUAGUCAAGGUGGCUGCUAGUCCGCAAUGGUGAUUGGUGCGUGCGGUGAAUUGUUCGACUGAACGAGACUCGCUCAAUCAAAUCGAACACACGGGAAAAACACUGAUGUUUAAUUCAAUCCUCAAUUCUACUAUUGUUAAGCGGAGGACUUAAAUAACAAACAGAAAAAAAAUCGCCAUAGGAUUCAACGAUACAAUGCUAUUACCUACACGUAUCUAUAAUUAAUCUAUUAUUGCUCUAUCGCUUAAUAUCAAUUGUAUCAUAUUUAUAAAUUUUACUUAGUUUUACCUCUUGAACUCGAGAUUUAGCGCUUAAGCAAGACAAUCUUUAUUAUUAUCAAAUCAUGUUUUUCUUUCGGUUUUUUUUCUUAUUCUUUUUAUGGUUCUUUUUUUUCUUUCUGGAAAAGGGGGACAGGACGAAUCUUAGUCAAGGAGACCUGCAUAGGAGCAGGUGAGCUCUACCUUAGAUAAGUUAGUUGUAUACUUUUAUUGAUUUUUAGUAUUGAGACGAUAUAUCGUAAAAAAUUUUCCGUUGUCUGUUGGGGAAUGAGUGCUAGAAAGGAUAUUUUUGAUACUUUCAUAAAAGGGAGGGCCAGAAUGUAUAAGAGUUUCGAGCGCUGGAGAUGACGACGUAACACUGUUGAUGCUGUAGUAACAAUAAAGGUUCUGAUUUUAACCUUCCUUACUGAGAUUCAUACUAAUGUGAUAAAUCUCUUUUGUUGUUAUUAGAGAGAAUUGAGACACGCUCCGUGUUACCGAGAUGUGUACAGUCUAUUGUCGAUUACUGAGGAUUUACCUACUGUAUAAUUAAUCUCUUUUGUAUAUGGAUAAGGAUUGACAUAACCCAGCAGAAGUAGUUUUUGUAAUACGAACAAUCAAAGUCUCUCAUUGUUCCGGUGAUGUAUGGAAAACCGUGUAUGUUCGGCUCGGACUUGUCUGUUGCGUGCGGUUUAAGGAUACAAACUGGCGAAAGCAAUGAGACGAAUAUACGAGGUGGGGGAGAGUGAGGGAAGGAACGGAGGAGCGAAGGGCAGUGUGCGAUGCAAAAAAAAACCGAGAGGAACUAGAAAUAAAUUAUAUUAACAAAAUCGACGCGUAAACAUAAAUAAAGUAUGUACAUAUACAUGUGUAUAUAUAUAUGCAUACUCUCUCGCACACUUUCUCUCGACGGAUAUCUAGAUAUCUAAAAAGCUGAACAAGACUUUUUUCACUGAUAAGCGAGAAGAAUUUUCGCGAGCCACAAGAGAGUCGCUCGUUGGACUGCAAGCGGUCUUUAAAACUAAAAAAAAAUUAAUUUAAACCUUAAAAAAAAGAUAUUUAUUGGUAAAGAUAUCGAAAUUAUUAAAUUAAAUAAGCACGUAAAUCGAAAGAAAAGCAGUAUCUGUAUUCAAGAGAAAGUGCGCGAUGCCUAAAACAUCCUGUAUGUAUAUGUAUACACACCUUUUUUAAGCUAUAUGAGAGGUAAGUGGCCGUAGAGACAAGCUCGAUUUCGUAAAGAAAUAAAAAAAAACUAAAGAAAAAAGAGUAAGAGAGAGAGAAAGAGGAUGCAAAGGUAACUCGAGACGAAGAUUGGUAACAGCGAUGAAAAGCGUUGCGGGGAGGUUUCUCUUUGUAUUUCGUUUACUGAUCGAGGACGGGGAGAUUGUGUCUCGCGGCUGGUCGUUUAUCGAUUUUACGAUAUGUGUAAGGCUCGUUGUAUGCGACGAUUUAUACGGAGACGGAAUGCGGGGAAGAAAGCGGAAGAAGGGUAAUUGCGCGCCGUGUGUGAGGGAAGGUACGCAAAUAGAUCGCGUGCAUCCCACAGCGGCGACGGCGGCGGCGAACGACGAAAACGUCGGGGAGCACGUGCGGAUGCGUGCGUGUGUCGCGACACACAUGCAACGCACGUGCUCACCUCGCUCUCGAUCUCGGUAGCGGUAUUCCGUACUGUGAAUCUGUUCAUAUCUUAGUUGUACUUCCUUACACGUGCUGUAUUAAAAUUAUAUAAAUAGAAGGAAACGGGCAUUGUAUUCGAAGGCGCGGUAGCAAGGCGUGCAGGAACUGCAACUAAAAUAAUAAACAGACUCAAUGAUACUCGUUUUUUAAUUAGUCGAGAAAGAAAUGCACGAAAUAAUGCAAAUUAUUUUUUCUUGAUGAACGUUAAUUCGCAUGUCCAUGCCUUUUAUUUUCCGAUUAUAGAGAGUGUCCUUGAAUCAUCGCAUGGUUCAGCGUUCAAUAUUAAUUGGCAAGCUUUAAAUUAAAGUUCUGCUAAGACUUUAAUAUUUUGUUUUUUUUUCUCUCUCCAAACUAGAAACGCGAAUUUAAUUUUUAAUUUUUAUUUAAAUUUUUAAUUAUUCGACAACUGUGUAACAUUUUUAACGGUAUAAAUUAACUCUACGUUAUUUAAAGAAUUUAAAAGGAAGAGACGCCUGGGGUUCUGGAGACAUUUUAUGCGAUCCCUCGUCAUCUUGUCUCCGUUAAUUCAUUACGGAAAAUUAGAAAGAUAUGCUCUUUGUUGAUUUUACGUUUAAGAGAUACUUUUUAAUUAAAGAGAAACAUACGGUAUACGGAAUUCCUCUACCUGCGGGGCUGUAGAUCUACCAUCAAACGAAACGUGAGAGCCCGAGAAAGAUCAGUGCGUCUAAUCUAGCUCCGUAGAAUAAAGAGAUCGCGAAUGGAAGGCGAUGGAAGCCUAAAACUCGCAAGAUUGUAACUGUGGACACACACAGGUUGUAAUGAACCAUUUGUAUGUAUGACACUAUUGACUUAAAUAUAUAGUUUAUAAGCUA